UGGCCACCAGCAAACCACAUCUGGCUACCAGCAGACCACACCUGGCUACCAGCACACCGCACCUGGCUACCAGCACACCACACCUGGCCACCAGCAGACCGCACUGGAUCACCAUCAAACCACAUUGGGCCACCAGCAGACCACACCUGGCCACCAGCAGACCACACAUGGCCACCAUCAGACCAUAUCUGGCCAUCAACAGAUCGUACCUGGCUACCAACACAUCAUACCUGGCCACCGUCAGACCACAUUGGGCCGCCAACAGACCACACUGGGCCACCGUCAGACCACAUUGGGCCACAAACAGACCACACAUGGCCACCAUCAGACCAUACCUGGCCACCAUCAGACCACACCUGGCCAUCAACAGAUCGUACCUGGCUACCAACACAUCAUACCUGGCCACCGUCAGACCACAUUGGGCCACCAACAGACCACACAUGGCCACCAUCAGACCAUACCUGGCCACCAUCAGACCACACCUGGCCAUCAACAGAUCGUAUCUGGCUACCAACACAUCAUACCUGGCCACCCUCAGACCGCACUUGGCCGCCAACAGACCACACUGGGCCACCAGCAAAGCCCACCCUGGCCACCAGCACACAAUACUGAGCCACCAGCAGACCACGUCAGGUUACCAGCAGACCGCAGCGGGGCACCAGCAGGCUGCUGUUCAGGAGCCCCUGGCUUGCGCCUGGACAGGUCAACAGGAAGGAGUCUCAUUGGGAGCGGGAGCUGGUCAGUUUUCGGCGCAUCGUAAGUCUGCUCCUUGCGAAGCACAGGCUGAGAGUUCUCCGAUAAAUCACGGCGCAGCUUUUGCUGGCGCGCAAGAUGGCUCUCGCUCCUCACGUCAAGCUGAAGCCUUUGUGGGAGCGCAGGUGGACGGGGCUGACGAGCGGACCUCUCGCCGAGCCGUUCCCGCAGCCGCAGCAGCUUCACGUCGGUCUGCUGGGCCUGGUGCCUCACGACACCCGGCCGGGGCCGUCUUCGGCCGGGUACAUCGGCAGCCGCCCGGGCCUCCGGGUGGAGGCCUACCUGGGUGUGCCGGGCGGGGUUCCCCACCAGCCGCAGGUGGACAACUAUAUCGCCUACCGGCAGGCGGGCGCCGCCCCCCUCCUGGCGGUGGCCGGGCCCCUGCAGACGGUGGCGAGUCCUCUGCAGACGGGCGCGGGUCCCCUGCAGGCGGACGUGGGACCCUCGCCGAUGCUGGUGGGACCCGCAGACGGCGAGCAGACGGCGCAAGGCCGAUUUCACAUGCAGACCGGUGCUCGCUUUGUCACGCCCAUCAUCCCGUAUGCCCCGCAAGGGCAGAGUGGCGCUCAGGCAGGGUCCCGGCGUGUCAUCAGGUCACCAUUGCACCCCUCCGAGUCAUCAGUCCUCCUCGUCGGGUCAUCAGGAGGGCACCCCUCCAUCGGGCUACUGUACUCAGCCCAACUGCCCCUGUCGAUCGCAUGUGGUUUGCAGCGCUCCACCAAGCGCAUACCUGAUAGUAUCGGAUGGCCAGGUACUGCUCGCAGACUGCGGUACCGCGAAUGGCGUCUGUACUGCUCCAGGCUGGGUACGUGG